ACUAACCGGAAUUUACUCCAUUUGUCUUGUUUAUUUUCAAAAUGGGAAAGGAAAAAGGAGGAUUUCUUACCCCAAAAGCGAUAGCGAAUAGGAUCAAGGCCAAAGGUCUCCAGAAAUUACGAUGGUAUUGUCAGAUGUGUCAAAAACAGUGCAGGGAUGAGAAUGGUUUCAAGUGCCACAUGAUGUCGGAGUCACACCAGCGUCAGCUGUUGUUGUUUGCCGAAAAUCCAGAUAAAUACAUUGAUGAUUUCUCGAAGGAAUUUAUGGAUGGAUAUUUAGAGCUGCUGAAGAGAAGGUUUGGCACAAAGCGAGUCAACUGUAACAUAGUUUACCAGGAGUAUAUAGCCUACCGUGAACACAUCCACAUGAAUUCUACCCAGUGGGAGACCCUCACAGAGUUCAUCAAAUGGCUAGGCAGAGAAGGAAAGUGUGUGGUAGAUUACACAGAGAAGGGCUGGUUUGUACAGUACAUUGACAGGGACCCAGAGACAAUAAAGAAACAGGAACAAACAAAAGCCAAGGAGAAAAUGGACAUGGAUGAUGAGGAGAGGACAGCAAGCCUCAUACAGAAACAAAUCAAGCGAGCCGCUGAACAGGGAACCGUGGCCAAAGACGUGGAGUACACAGAACUCAAGAGGGAAAGCGAGGAGGAAAAAGUGUCACUUAAUUUUUCUGGCCUUGUGUCUAAGAAAAAGGAUGAACAACCACUGAAAAGUUCAGAAAAUCCUCUUGCUGUAAAAAAGCCUACAGAGGCAGAGAAAACAAAAAAGAAAGCAAGCAGAUGGGAAAAAGAAGAGCCUAAAAAGGAGGUAAAAAAGGACCCCUUUAAACCACCAAAACCGGGAGAGAAAAGAAAAUCUGCUUUGGAUGAAAUCAUGGAGUUUGAAGAGAAAAAGAAAGAGAAGACAAACAGGAAGGACUACUGGUUGACAGAGGGAAUUGUGGUCAAGAUCGUCACAAAGAAACUCGGGGAGAAGUUCUACAAGAAGAAGGCAGUGGUCAAAGAGGUGCAGGAUCUAUACCGGGCUGUGAUAAAAACAAUCGACUCUGGAGACAAGAUCAGAGUGGACCAGAAUCACCUAGAGACCGUCAUACCAGCACAAGGUAAAUUGGUAAAAAUAGUGAACGGAGCGUACAGAGGUUACGAUGCAGUAUUGGAGUCCAUUGAAGAAAAGAAGUUUUGUUGUACUGUGUCCAUACACUCUGGUCCACUAAGAGGGCGUGUCAUCGACAAUGUUCAAUAUGAAGAUAUAAGCAAAAUUUAUCAACCAACGUGAAAAGUGAAAAAAACUUUGCAUUAUAAUUUCAGGAAAAGACAGACAAUUUUGUUUGUAUGUUGAAAUAUGUAUGACAAAUAUGUUGAAAUACUUCCGCUAGGAUAGUCAUAUGAUUAUAUUUGUUGAGGGUCAACCCAGAUAUUCCCAAUGUCAAGGUUGACCCAGUCAAAUUUCAGUACAUGUAGACCUGUAUUGUUAUUCCAUGGCAUAUGAAAAAGCUACGUUUAUUGAUAGUAAGAACUGUACAGCUAAAACAUGAACAGGUUGUUUUUUGUCUUGUACUAUCCUAUGUAGUUGUACAUUUUUAAUUCUUGUACACGCAGAAUAUAAAGUUCCUCUUUUAAAUCUCAUGUCCAUAAAACUAUCAUAACAUAAGUGUUUGCAACAUUGGUUUUAGAGUAGCACUUUUGAGCUCACCAUUGUUAUUACUGUUUUGCAAAAUUUGCAUUUAAUGUGUGUGUAUGAAAGAAAUAAACACUGAUGAAAUACU